AUGAUCCACGACGCUAUCGUCAACGUAUGUUUUCGUCUUUCCAGUCUUCCGGCGCAAAACGCUGUGCUCAAGGACCGCAACGGUUCGUCGCGUCAGUCGCUCAAGAAGUAUGUCCGCGCCCAGAAUGACAUCAAGGUCGGCGAUGCCAUGUUCGACUCUUGCUUCAACAAGGCCCUGAAGGCCGGUGUUGCCAAGGGUGUAUUCGAGCAGCCCAAGGAAACAGGCCCCUCCGGUGGCACCAAGCUCGCCAAGAAGACUCCCAAGGCUGCCGCCCCUAAGAAGGCUGCCGAGAAGAAGGAGCCCACUGAGAAGAAGGCCGCUGCUGAGAAGAAGACAACGGAGAAGAAGGCCCCCGCCAAGAAGGCUGCCGCCACCAAGAAGGCCGCUCCCGCUGAGAAGAAGACCGCCGCGAAGAAGGCUGCGCCAGCGAAGAAGGCUGCUGCCCCCGCCAAGAAGGCCGCGACCACCAAGAAGGCUGCCCCUGCUGCCGCCGACAAGCCUGCUGCCCUGAGCAAGACCAAGACAGGUCGCGUUGCCAAGACGGCGGCGCCCAAGGCUGCUGCCACGAAGAAGGCGGCGCCGAAGAAGGCCGCCGCGCCGAAGAAGGCUGCUGCUGCUUCCGCAUAGACGGAACGCCAUUGGUGCAUGUCCGAGACGCUUCCGAGGGCCGAGGACAGCACGGCUGAUCAUGACGGUAUGCGUUGGUUGACUUUGCGGGCGUUCCGGUUGCAAUUGGGAAGGCAGGCAGGGCUAGGGCUGGUUACAGGAAGCGCGGGUGUCUUUGCCUGAUGCCACGGGCUGUGGGCGCGAGCAUUGCUGCGGCGCUCAUAUGCAGCCGUGGUAGGCUUGGGAUGACUGUAAUUAUACCAUGAUGAUUCUGGGAAUGAUAUAUAACUUCAACUU